AUAUGUCAUUUUUAACCAUUAGACCAGUUUUCCGCUGAGUCGUUUUUCCAUUUUCUUUGUGGAGCCGUGACUUUUUAAUGGAGUUUUUCCCUUUUUUUGUGGAAGGGUAGGAGGAGGAAAAUUAGAGAGAGAAGGAGGAGGCGAGCGGAGGACAGUUUGGGAACAAGAUGGCUGCCCCAGGACUGUAAAUCUCAUCGUUUUCUUCUAUUUUAACCCCAGUUUUAACGCCGACGCUGACCCCGCGUGAACAUCUGCCUAAUGCAACGCGAAGCUUGUUAAAAAUGCGUCGUUUUUUUAAGGAAGGAGUUUGAUUUUCCGGCCGAAUUUUAAGGUUCGCUUUACUUUUUUUUUUUCCCAUUUCUUGAGUGUUUUCAACACUUUGGAGAAAGUGGAAACUGUCCUGGAGCCAAACGUCAGGCGGUAGUUCGAGUCGUUAGCCUAUUUAUAGUGACUUUUGAGUGCAUGUGGGUUGUUUGGUUAUUCGUCUCGAAGUUUCUGCGAAGUCGUUUUUAUUUUGGGGUGUUAUCCAACAGAUGGAUAACACCCUAAAAUGAACUCCUGAAGUAGAGUUUUGGUUUUUGUUUUCGGAAGUAUAGUUUUUUUCUUCAGAUGCCACACGUCUGAUACUUUUAAAAACUCUAAUUCGGACGAUGAGCUCAUCCAGAGUCAGACCACAGCAGCAGCAGCUGCCGCUGAAACUAGACUCAAGCGAGGGCAUAGAGAUGGAGAACAUCCAGCAUCAGGAGCCGGGGCUCGGCGGGGUCACGACGGGCACCCCGUCUCCUCCGUCCAGACAAGCAUGGAGCCGGGACAACCCAGUCUUCGAACCCGAGGAUGAGAUCAUGGAAGCGGACUGGCCUCCGGCGAGCCCCGGGAGGAGGUCGGUGUCCACGGCCUCCAGCGGCGGCUGUAGCAGCGGCCUGGGCAGCUACAGCGGCGGGGCCAGCAGCCCUCACAUCCCCCGAGGAGGAGUUUACCCGAGUCCGACGCUGGACGGUCAGCAGCAGGAGAGGAGAAACCACCGCGGCUGCAUGAAGCAAAUUCUGCAGAAGAUCCGGAGUGGCGGUGGCGGGUACUACCAGGAUCUGUCUCGUACAAGAGAGGAGUCAGCCGUCCAGCUGCGGUUUCUCAAAGACCACCUGUGGCUGGACAGGGGCACCAGAGCGGUCUUUCUGGACUUUUCUGUCUACAAUGGAAACAUCAACCUCUUCUGCAUCAUCAGACUGUUGGCAGAGUUCCCUGCUACUGGUGGCGUGGUGACCUCCUGGCAGUUCCAGAGUGUGCGACUGGUGAGAUAUAUUUCCAGCUGGGACUACUUUGUGGCCUUGUGCGAGGUGGCAUUCUGCAUAUUUGUUCUGUACUACGUGGUGGAGGAGGUGCUGGAGAUCCGCAUCCACCGGCUGCAUUACUUCAAGAACCUGUGGAACUGUCUGGAUGUUCUCAUUUUAGCAUUGAGCGUCACCGCCAUUUUAAUGAACAUAGCCAGAACAGCCAUGGUCGGCAGUCGGCUCAAAGGACUGUUGGAGAAUGACAGAUCUCACCCCAGUUUUGAGUCUUUGGCCAAUCUGCAGGUCCAGUUCAACCACGUGGCUGCCGUCAUUGUCUUCUUCUCCUGGUUCAAGCUUUUCAAGUUUAUCAACUUCAACAAGACCAUGAGUCAGCUGUCCAACACAAUGUCCCGCUGUGCGAAGGACCUGGUGGGCUUCGCCAUCAUGUUUUUCAUCAUCUUCUUGGCGUAUGCUCAGCUGGCCUACUUGGUAUUUGGAACCCAAGUCAGCGAUUUCAGCACCUUUCAAGCCAGCAUUUAUACGCAGUUCCGUAUUAUCCUGGGAGACUUUGAGUUCUCUGAGAUUGUGGAGGCAAACUCAGUGCUGGGACCGAUCUACUACACCACCUUCGUCUUCUUCAUCUUUUUCAUCCUCAUGAACAUGUUCCUGGCGAUCAUCAAUGACACGUACACUGAGGUGAAGGACGACAUGUCCCAGCAGAGGUCAGAGAUGGAGAUGACUGAUCUCAUCAAGAAGGGUUGCAACAAAGCUUUGAUGAAGUUACGACUGAAGAAGACGACCGUGGAUGAGAUCUCUGACGGCACGCGCCAGGCUGCAGGCAAACUGAACUUUGAUGAACUCCGUCAGGAUCUAAAAGGGAAGGGCCACACAGACGCAGAGAUUCAGGCCAUAUUUGCCAAAUAUGAUCAUGAUGGUGAUCAGGAGCUGACGGAGCACGACCACCAGCAAAUGAGGGACGAUUUGGAGAAAGAGAGAGAGGAUUUGGAUCUGGAACGCAAUUCGUUGGCAAGACCCAGCAGUGGGCGGAGCUUCCCUCGUACCCAGGACGACUCCGAAGAGGACGAUGAUGAGGACAGUGGUCACAGCUCUCGCCGCCGUGGAAGCAGCUCGGGGGGUGUCUCCUACGAGGAGUUUCAAGUACUGGUGAGACGCGUGGACAGAAUGGAACACUCGAUUGGCAGCAUUGUGUCCAAGAUAGAUGCUGUCAUCGUGAAGCUUGAAACAAUGGAGAGGACCAAGAUUAAAAGAAGAGACGUUCUGAGCAGACUGCUGGACGGAGUCGUGGAGGAUGAGCGUUUGGGAAGGGAAUCAGACGCCCACAGGGAACAGAUGGAGAGGCUUGUUAGAGAGGAGCUGGAGCGCUGGGAGUCUGAUGAUAUGGGUUCUCAGGUCAGUCACCCGCAGAUGUCCACUGUCACCGGGCCCCGCCCUCGUCCUUCCUCCUCACUUUCCACAGAGGGCCUUGAAUCCAGCCCAAACGGAGGUGGCCACAUGUAAUGUGUCCUGGUGCUCGCCAAAGAAAAUUACACUUUGGCAAGAAAAAAAAAAAAACUCUAUUGGAAAUUCUCCUUCAACGGUACAAGAAGCCUAUGAUGCAAAAACAGUUUGUGUGGAACAAAAUAAUCAUUGUUGAAGUUGUUUAAAUUCCUUGACAAAUUAUAAAUGAAGUGACAAGAACACAAACUUACCUCACCAGAGAUACAUUUGUACAUAAAUGCACUGAGAGUGUGAGGCUCUGCUGUGGGACAGACACCUGUGUUUGUUUACAGCUCAUAUGAAGGGUUUAUAUUUCAGUAUUGAAUCACAACAUUGGACCAAAUACACAGGCUGCAGUCAUAUUUAUCUGUACUCCGAAUACGCAGCAUAAGAUUUUUGUACUAUAUCGGAAAUAUGCUCACGUGCUUCUGAUCACUGUAUCCACACAUUUAAGCUUAUCAAGAAGAAAAAAGUCGGCAAUGUAAUGGUCUUCCUUCAGAUGUUAUUUUGGUUGAUUUUGUUCCUUUAAUCUUUUUAACAUACACUAGGUCCAAGUGUGGCACUCUGUGUCAUAUGUACUCACACAUCUGUGCAUCAAAUAAGCUUGUAAUUGAAUAGCUAUCAUUUUAUGAUACGUGAUAUGUAACUUGAAACAAACUUCAAAUUUGGAGUGCCUCCGAUGUUCAUGGGAAACCCAUGCAAUUAUAUGUAUGUCCUUUUUUCUGUCUUUCUUUUUUACGCCUUAAACACUUUUUAAAAUCUUAACUGCCAAUAAAAGUGUUAUUAAAAGUUGA